GUGUCUCCUUUCCCAAAGUAUCUGACUGGAGAGAGAGAGGGGGGAUACCGAGAGCAUCAUCGAUGGCGCAGUCACAGCAGGGUGAGUAACACUGAGCACCGACAUAAGCAGCCAAGUACCCUUCAGUAAAAUCACACAGCCGUUCAAAGUGGAGCCCGAAAGCAUCAGGACGUCAUCUGGACAGCCGACGGGAGACGGGCAGCAUCAUGACUGCAAUGGAGGAGCAGACAGGGACUGGCUGGAUGACUGAAUAACAUUAGCCGCCUUUUGAGGAAUAACGCUGCUACUGGCUGUAAUAGCGAGCGAGCUGACACAGUGGUUUAUACAGCAGAGCUGUGAGAGUGAUUGACCCCCUCAACACUUCUCCAUUAGGGUCCAAACAGUUUCCCAUACUGAAGAGGGCAGAAUAAGGAAAGCACUGAGUUAUAGCAAUAAAAUAAUACUUAUAUUACAUUUUGAACGGGGUGCUACGAUAAGACAGCCAUGCCGCCACCCGCUGACAUCGUGAAGGUGGCGAUUGAAUGGCCUGGUGCUAAUGCUCAGCUUAUAGAGAUGGACCAGAAAAGACCUUUGUCCUCAAUAAUACGGGAAGUAUGUGAUGGUUGGUCUUUGUCAGGCUCAGAGCAGUUUGCUCUGCGUUAUGCUGAUGGCCCUCAGCUUUAUAUCACUGAGCAGAGCCGCGGUGAAAUCAAGAACGGGACCAUCCUUCGUUUAGCCAUUUCACCUGCUCGUGCUGCUCGUCAGCUCCUGGAGAGGAUCCAAUCCCACGGCAUUGACGCUCGCCUGGAGGCUCUAAAAGAGCUCGCCAAGCUGUCCGCAGACCCCACCUUUGCCACAGAGUUCAUUAAUAUGGAGGGCAUUGGCACACUGGCACGUCUUGUUGAGAGUGGCACCCACUUUGGUGAAAUGCUGGCCUUCACUCUCACUGCCUUCCUGGAGCUAAUGGAUCAUGGCAUCGUGUCCUGGGACCUCAUCUCCCUCUCCUUCAUCAAACAGAUUGCGGGCUAUGUAAACCAGCCGAUGGUGGACGUGUCCAUCCUGCAGCGCUCUCUAGCCAUCCUCGAGAGCAUGGUCCUCAACAGCCACAGCCUCUACCAUCGAGUGGCACAGGAGAUCACCGUGGGACAACUCAUCGGGCACCUGCAAGUGUCAAACCAGGAGAUCCAAACCUACGCCAUUGCCCUCAUCAAUGCUCUUUUCCUGAAGGCACCAGAGGACAGACGGCAGGAGGAGUAUACUAACCCGCUGGAGCAGCACCUCACUGAAAUGGCAAGCACUUUGGCUCAGAAACACCUGCGAUCCAUCAUCCUCAAUCAUGUCAUUAGAGGAAAUCGACCAAUCAAAGCAGAAAUGGCACAUCAGCUUUAUGUGCUGCAGGUAUUGACCUUCAACCUUUUGGAAGAACGAAUGAUGACCAAAAUGGAUCCUAAUGACCAGGCUCAGAGAGACAUCAUUUUUGAGCUGCGCAGGAUUGCUUUCGAUGGAGAAAAUGACCCCACUGGUACAGAGAAAAGAAAGGCCAUGUACACCAAGGACUAUAAGAUGCUGGGGUUCACUAACCAUGUGAACCCGGCCAUGGACUUUACCCAGACUCCUCCGGGGAUGCUGGCUUUGGACAACAUGCUGUACCUCGCCAAGGUUCACCAGGACACGUACAUCAGGAUUGUCCUGGAGAACAGCAGCCGCGAGGACAAACACGAAUGUCCCUUUGGCCGGUGUGCCAUCGAACUCACUCGAAUGUUGUGCGAGAUACUCCAGGUUGGAGAAUUGCCUAAUGAGGGCUGCAACGACUACCACCCCAUGUUUUUCACUCAUGACCGGGCAUGGGAGGAGUUCUUCUGUGUCUGCAUCCAGCUGCUUAAUAAAACCUGGAAGGAAAUGAGGGCCACAGCUGAGGACUUCAAUAAGGUUAUGCAGGUAGUCCGUGAGCAGAUCACCAGGGCUCUGGCGAUGAAGCCGUCAUCUUUAGACCAGCUGAAGAAUAAACUGCGAGGUCUCAACUACUCAGAAAUUCUGCGUCUGCGGCAGUCAGAGAGAAUGAGCCAGGAUGACUUCCAGUCUCCACCCAUUAUUGAGCUGCGGGAGAGAAUUCAGCCCGAGAUCUUAGAGCUCAUCAAGCAGCAGCGACUCAACCGGCUGUGUGAGGGAAGCUGUUUCCGUAAACUGGGGAACCGCCGAAGGCAAGAGAAGUUUUGGUUCUGCAGACUCUCACUGAAUCACAAAGUGCUGCACUAUGGGGACCUUGAUGAGUCACCUCAGGGUGAAGUGCCUUUUGAGCUACUCAGUGACAAGAUCCCCAUCUCGGAUAUCAAGUCUGUGGUGACUGGGAAGGACUGCCCUCAUAUGAAAGAAAAAAGUGCUCUGAAACAAAACAAGGAGGUGCUGGAGUUAGCCUUCUCUGUCCUCUAUGACCCCGAUGAGACUCUCAAUUUUGUUGCACCCAACAAGUAUGAGUACUGCAUCUGGACUGACGGGCUGUGUGCACUGCUGGGCAGAGAGAUGGGCAGUGACCUGACACGCAGUGACCUAGAUACUCUCAUCAGCAUGGAGAUGAAGCUCCGCCUCCUCGACCUUGAGAACAUCACAAUCCCAGAAGCCCCGCCCCCCGUGCCGAAGGAGCCUAGCUCUUAUAACUUCACCUACAACUACAGUUGAGAUGUGUGUGUGUGUGUGUUUGCAAUGCAUGUGUGUGCUUGUCAAGGAUGAGUAUUCUCGAUCUUUUGAUGAAUUUAGCUGCAGAUGUGUGCUCCGGAAAAGGUUACUUUGAAUUUUUUAUUUUAAUUUCAGAAUGCUGGAGACUUCUCUCCAUCUGUGUUUGUGAUGCUGUGUGGUUUGUCAAGUAGGAGAAAUAUGUUUAUAGCUCCACAGGGAGUUCAGAGGUCAGGGUCCACUACAGAGCAGUACUCCUGGAGCUGCUAGACAUUCAGUGAGUGAAUCCCAUUUAUCAGUGCAGUCUCCAGGCAACGUCUUGAUUUGUAUUCUCCAUUGUUUGUUAUUUAAAGGUAUAAACCUGCCUUUAAAGUUAAGGACUACUGUGCCUGAUGGUGAAUAUGGAUGACAAGUCUGCAAAUUAGUCUUCACUCGAGUAUAUUUUAGUCAAAUUGUGGCUUAAUUGGUCAAUCAAGCCAUGCGUGUGGUCUCCAUGGCAACAGCAGAUGAAAUGGCCACCAUUCCAGUUUUAAUACUGUGUUCUGUCCUUCCCUCCACAUGACGGACGUACAGUGAAACAUCACACAGAAUAGAGUGAGUGGGCAGUUCAGAAAAAAAAUGUGCUGAAAUUCAGUGAUAAAGAGAGCUAGAAAGGAAUAAAAAAAAAUCAUCACAAUCUGUUACUUUUAUCAUGCCUAUCAUACUGCGACACAAAAGCCUAGGGCUGCUACUAACGAUUAUUUUUAUGAUUGAUUAAUCUGCAGAUUAUUUUCUCUAUGAAUUGAUUGUUUGAUCUAAAAAUAACAGAAAAUAAUGAGAAAAACCCAUCACAAUUUCCCAGAACCCAAGUUAACAUAUUUAAAUAGCUUGUUUUGCCUGACUAAUGUUCCAAAACCCAAAUAAAUUCAAUUUGCUUUUAUGGAAGACUAAGAAAACCAGCAAAUAUUUGAGAAGCUGGAACCAGUGAAUUUUGGUAUUUUUGCUGAAAAAAUUACGUAAAAGAAAGUGUUUGCCAACAUUUUUGCAGCAUAAUUGUCUGUCGAUCAACUAAUCAAUUAAUCGUUUCAGCUGCAUAAAAGUGGUGCUGUCAGCAUAUAUCUGUUAGAGCGUCUGUUUACUCAAUAUUCAUGCUGCUUCAGAUCGUGUGACUCACUUCUCUCCUCAGACUUGCACACCUUUCCAUAUCCUGUUAAACAGUGUGAGUAAAUAUAUCCCAUUGAAUUGAAACUGUUCAAGUAUGUGUGGUGUGUGAAGAUUCUUGCCUACUUUUUGUGUCUGUGAGUGUGUAUCUGUGUGUAUGUCUGUUUGAGAUUUAGUGUAAGUUGUUUAUGUUGAGAGGAAUAAUCUCAAUAUUUCAUGAGCAUGAUGCUCAUGGAAGUUGGGGCCAAAGCUCUGACAUCCAGUGUAUUACAAAACAUGAAUGAUAGGACCUUUUUUUGUUGAAUCAUAGUCACUGCAUUGCCUUUCUUGUCAUACACUCACUAUAUAUUUUGGGUAAUAUUAGCAUUUAUAUGCAGUAUAGGAAUAGGAAUAUAACACAUUAUAACUCUAUAUGCUAACACUAUAAUGAGUAGUAGCAGAUAAGAACAUUUUUAACUGUGUACUAAUGUUUCUGUUAAUAACUAUGCCUUCUCCUAUGAAACAUUCAUAACUGGUGUUAAUGAAUGUUUGAUAACAGUAUAACAUAGUUAUAAUCAUUUAUAAACAUAUAUCUUCAAUAGUUAACAAUUAGUCAUAUGUUGGCUUACAGUAUAACAAUUUUACAGUUUGUUAACUGUUGUAAUGUACAGCAGGAUUAAAACUAUUCAUAGGUGUAUUUAAAACUACUGAAAAUAAUUAUGUAUGAUUACAACUAUGUUAUACUGUGUUAUCAAACAUUCAAUAACUGUUUAUACACCAGGUAUGAAUGCUUCAUAGGAGGAGUAACAGUUGUUAGAAAAGUCUUUAACAAUUAAAACUGUCCUUAUAUCUGCUACUACGCUACAAUUACAUUAUAGUGUGUUAUAAACCAUUUAUUACUUGUUUAUCUACUGCUUAUAAAUGCUAAAUUGGGUUUGGGUUAGUGUUACCAUAUUUGGAAUGAUUAUGUUACGGUGGGGUUUCUCUUCGGUACAGCCAUUUUGUUUAAAACAAACAACUUAUAUUCCAAGAGUGUCUGAUGCCCCUGAUGUUAGAAUUAAUCAGCAGUUUUGAGGCUUGAUUUCAGACUUUUUGUCAUAGCACAGGCAAACGGGACAAAAGAGCUGCUCUGUUUGCUUGUUUUACUUAACGUGCCAAAUUAUUGGCAAAUUAAUAGCAGGUCCAAAACAGCUGAGUGACACGGCCGUGGGCAUCAGGACAUCUAGUACUGCUCAUGUAACAUAUGAGCAUACAGUAUUGUGUGCUUUGUGUACAGUGAUAUAAAGUAUCGUACUAUUGCUUGAUGUCAUCUUCUUAUUUACAUUGUGUCACUGGUUCUAAACUUUUUUGUGUAUUUUAUUCAUGUCAUUUAAUGUCCCGUCAACGUCUAAACCAGUACUAAUCACUGCUGUCAUUUGUUAAUGCAGAAUAGAAGUAUAUUUUUGUAAAUGAUUGUACAAUCUUAUCAGCUGUGAAGAGAAUGGGUAUCGAACUAGCAUAGCAUUUUCUCUUUGCGUCACUCUGUACAGUACAUUCAACAUGCUCAUUACUGUGGAAGGACAUUUCACACUGAAAAAAAAGUUUUUGGUCUUCACAUUUUUUAAAGUCACAACCACGUUUUCAUACCACAAGCACCUCAUAUUGUUUAGGAAUGACACCCACUCCAGCACCUAAUGAUGAUGUCAGUGUUAAUGUAUCUUAUAUUGCUAAUGGGAAUAAUAAAAAUUGCCAUUGCUAUCGAUGAUUUGUGAAAAGGAAUACAAUUGAAGUUUGUUUUUUCAAAUAAUGUUUUUCUGUUCGAUUUUUAACUAAUGUUGGAGAUUUUAAAGGUUCCCUGUGGAGUUUUUGACCUCUAAUAGUGCUAUAGAGCUGUUUUUAUAUGAGUGAGUCCUUGUUUUGUUUAUCUUGUGCACGCAUAGAGGACACACGUGCUGCCAAUGGUUUCACACUACUCCACUGAUCAACAGGUGGCAGUAAUUCACCAAGAUUUACAGCAAUGCGCCAACAAAGGCAGAAUAGAAAAAGACUUGCUUGCUAGUAAAUAUGGAUGUAAACAAUACAGGAUUUAAAAUACUUAAAAAUGCUUUUCAAAUGUUGUAUGAGGAAGGAAAUACAUUCAAUACAUCUUUUAGACAUCAAAGAUACACACAAUGUGUUUUAGUGGGUAACACUGAAUGUAAACAUAACUUUUGUUUGUUUACAAGAAAACUCCACAUGGCACCUUUAACUGCUUAAAAGGGUUAAUAUUUUUUAUUCCAGUAAGUCAUCGUACCCUUAAGCUGCUCUCAGAAAACUACAGCUAAAAUAUAUCAAUACCACAGUGAGUAACGGAUUGUUGCAUUGGAUGUACUAACAGUAUGACUUGAAGUUUUCGCAUCUGGUACUCUUUUACAUGACUUGCUAAACUAUUUAUUUACACUUGCUAGUGAUAGUAAAUAAUGACAUGUUGUUAAGAAAUAACAGCAUAAAAUCUAAAUAUGGUAUACAUAAAGAUCAUUGUAUGUAUAUACAGUAUUGUGUUGCCUUAUUGAAGAAAAUGUAUUAUGUUUUGUGUGAAUAAAUACAAAGUCUAACUAC